AUGAACUUUGCUGUACAGCCUCCCAAAAAGAAUGAUCCCAACUCCCCAAAGAAGAAGAGCAAAAAGGAGAGAGAGGCAGAGAAGAAAGCUGAGCAAGAGCGCCUAGCGGAGGAGGAAAGGCUUGCAGAGAUCGAGCGACUGCGGCUCGAAGAGGAGGAGCGCCAGCGGAAGGCAGAAGAGGACCUGCUCGCUCGCGAGGCAGAGGCGGCGCGGCUGGCGGUGGAAGCGGAACGGAUUGGCAAAGAGAGGGAAGGGCUGGAAGGCCUCUGGAAGAGGCGAGAGCACAACCUGGAAACGCUGGAGCGCAAAGCACGGGAGGUGGCGGAAUGGGAGCGCUACCUGGCAUGCAGCUCCUUACCAGACCCCAGGAAAGAGGCGGAGGUGAAUGAGUACAUUGCGGAGAUAAGCAAACACCCGGAUGAGGAAACCGACUUGCAAUCUGCGCUGCGAAGCUGCGGAGAGAUAGAAAAGGUGAUUGCGGACGCCGAGAUCUGCCAGCUGGAAGCCAGAGAGCGAGGGGAAGACGGCCACGUGGCCAGAUACGAGAGUGACAUCUCGCGACUCCGGGGCCUGGGCAGCGCACGGCUCGAUCGAGCCACUUCGGAAUCACUGCAGAGCUCGUACGCCGAGUUUGCCGCAAGCGGCGAGGCCACGUGUACGGCCAGCAGCGAUUCCUCCAAGCUGGCCAUCUGGGUCAACCACGCGCGCAACCCGCGCGCGCGCACCUUCGACUUCCCGGCCGUAGGGUUUACAAUGGAGCUGCCCAAACCGCUCGCCCUGGCAAACGUCGCGGUGCGGUUGCUGCAAAAGGAGGCGGAUCCGGGGCUGCGGUCGAGGAACGAGUUCUCGAAUCUGGCAAGCAAUAGAAUAGCUUUUUGCACACGCGAUGCUUUUGAUGGGGGCACCUUCAGCAUUGACGUCUUGGCGGUUCCCCCGGCCCCCAAGCAAGUCAAGGGAUGGACACUGAAGCACGUGACGCCAUUGUCGACGUCAGUGAGCCGGCUGCCCUACCCACUUGUGACACCUGGCGGCGACAUGUCGGGCACGAUGGCCACCGCCCCUCCCAUGGGCGUCUCGCUCGUGCUCGCGCACAAUGUUGUACCGAGCGGGACCGCGGUGCAAGUGGGCUGGUGGGACCAGGAGGAGCAGUGCUGGCAAACUGACGGCGUUUCGGAGGUCAGCUACGACGGAGCGACCCGCCGGCUGUCCUUCCAGACGACCAAGCUGAAAACCCUGGCCGUGCUUCAGGACCGUCUCCGCCUGUUUCCGUACCAGAGCUGGACCGUCCGCCCGACGUCCGAAGCGUCCGCGGUGCUCACCCUCCAGACCGCGUCCCUGGUCGUCGAGAUCGAGAUCGGCGACGGCACGUGCCGCUGGGUUUCGCCAAACCUCCCCGAGGUUUCGGACCUGGUGGGCGUCGCGAUGCGGCCGCGCGAGCUGCUGUGCCGCGCGAGCCGACGCGGCAUCCACCUGGCGCCGGAGGACGGGGAGGCGCUGCUCAUGGGGCGGGAGGUCAAGGACCCUCUGGUGGAGUCUUCUCUGUGCGCGGACAUGGCUCCGUUUGCGGUCGCGUGCACUCUCGGCAGCAGCCGAUGGAACUCCGCCCCGGGGCCGCAGGCGUGUGUGUUACGACUCUUGGAGGUCAACGAGUACAAGUUCCCCUUCAAUAUCGACAAGAGCCAGGACGUACGGACGAUUCUCCACCGGGCCAAGGGCAACGCUCUACUGACAGACCUGGACGAGAGAUCACCCGAGUUCCGGGAAGGGCCGCCCAGCGAGGUCGAAUACCAUGCCAGCCUACUGGUCACCCUAAGGAGUCACCUGAGUGAGGACGCCGUUCGCCGUGUGGAGAAAGGAGCGCCGCUUUUCACGAAGACCGUGGAGCGACUCUGCACGGCAAUGCGGUUGCUGAGCUUCGCGCAAUGA